CAGAGUACAUGUUGUAAGUAAGACAUUAGUAAUCACUAAUGUUACAUUAAAUGAUGGUGGAAAUUACACAUGUAAAGCACAAAGUUUUGAUGAUACAGAUUAUAGAGAUGAGAAAUCCAUUGAAAUAACAGUGACACCUAUAUUGAAACCAAAUGUGGUAAUUAAUUGUUCAACACCUCUGGUUGUGAAUGAAGGUGAUAAUGUCUCAUGUGUAUGUAGAGGUGAAGGAGGUUACCCUCCUGCUAAUGUCACAUGGUUUGAUAAAGAUAACAACAAAAUUGGUGAUUUUGGAGUUGUAAGUAAGACAUUAGUAAUCACUAAUGUUACAUUGAAUGAUGGUGGAAAUUACAGAUGUAAAGCACAAAGUUAUAAUGAUCCACGUUUUAGAGAUGAAACAUCUAUUGAAGUAACAGUGAAAGCUACUUAUCCACCACAGCAAACCAAUAUUACCAUCAGUCCAAUGUCAGUAAAAAAAGGUCAAAAUGUGAUAGUAUUAUGUGACUCAGAGGGUUUUCCUCUGCCAUCGUACAUCAUCUAUCACAAUGGUGCAGUUAUCAGUAAUAGUAAGACAUACAUCAUUCAAUCUGUCAACUUCAAUAACGCUGGUUCAUAUCGUUGUGAAGCAAAGAAUAAACUGGGAAAUGAUUCAUCUGAUGUUAAAAAUCUUACUAUCAUCACAGACAACGUUCUUUGUGAUGACCAAAAUGAGAAAAUAAAACAGUGCAAAACAGAAUGGUACAUUAUUUUACUAACUUUAACCUCUGGAAUCAUCGUUGGAAUUUUGGUUUCUAUUUUAAUUGUUUUUCAAUAUCGUCGACAUUGGUUUAGUAGAAAUUGUCAACAAUUUCAAUCUCCAUCUGAAGUUAGAAUAAAUUCUGUUGAUACAACUUAUCAAGAAUUGGAUUUAUUAAAAAUAAAUAAAGAAGAUAAUUAUCAAUCAUUGAGACCAGAGGAUGACAGAAUUGAUAAAACUUAUCAAGAACUAGACAUAUCGAAAAGGAAUAUAGAAAAUAAUAAUUAUGAAUCUUUGCAAAAAAAAUAAUGAAUCGGAGUACGUGAUAGCCGACGAAAGAAGAAAUUAUGAGAACAGUAAUUUGUUUUCAAGAAAAUCAUAAAUUUAUUUUAAACAUUUUCCAUGUUGUAAAGUCACAAUGGUGCUUUUACGAACAUUUACAUUUUCUGAUAAGAUUUGAAUUUUGCAUGUUUUCCUCCCUUUGGAGCUGCCAAUACUUUAUGAUUUCCAGAAGGAAGCCAUUUUUGGAUGAGAAAAUACACUGGUCAUUCUGACUCAUUCAUUGGUUGUUUUUGAUAACAGUGUAAGGUAAUACUGUUUUUGAAUAAGUAUUUUCUAUUUAUCUUACUAUA